AAUAAUUUACUUUUAAAUUAUUCAUUUAAUGCUAGUAUACAAUAUCCAUCACAAAAUUCAUCUAUUCGAGAUUUUCUUUAUACACGUUUACAUGAAUUAUCAUUAAAAAAUCCAAUGAAACAACGAUGUUCAAGAAUUGAAACAAAAGCCUUUAUUGAUUCUAUAACUAGUUAUCAAAUGAAUCGAUCUCAUCAUUAUAAAUUUUUAAUUAAUAGUAUUCGAGAUUUAUUAAAAACAAAUAAUGAUCCUGUACGUUUAUCAACUGGUUCAAGUGAAACUGAUGAUGAUAUACCAAAAAAUAAAACUAAUAUAGAUGAUAAUAAAUUAUUAAAUACUUCAAUAUUAUCAGAAACAUCUAUAGAAACACCAGAACAAAUAAAUGAUAUAAAAUCUUUUAAAGAUCAUCCAUUACGUUUUUUUCGUACAUUAUCUAUUGAUUAUAUUCAUGAUUGUGAACAAACAGAAAAGGAUUUAACACAAAAAUUAUUUGAUAUAGCUGAUAAACAACAUAUACUUUAUUGUUUAAAACAUGUUGAUAGUGGUCAUACAAAUGAUUUAUUAGCUUUAUUUCAUCGUCGACUUGAUGCUAUUUGUGUUUGGUAUAAUUUAUAUUAUGAAUUAACAAUAUCUGUUAAAAAAUUAAGUGGUUUAUUACGUUGUAAUGAUUGUGAAGAUUGGCCAAAAUUACAUUUUCGUUCACUUGUAACAGAUCGUGAACGUAAAGCAAAACGUGCUGAUGAAAGUGAUUAUUAUACAAGUGAGAAUAGUAGUGAUGAAGAUGAUGAUAAUACAAAAACAACAGAAGAAACUGAAGUUGCAAGUGAAUCACAACAAAGUGUUAUUGAAAAACUAGAAGAUGGAGAUGAUACUGAUAUUAUGCCAAAAAUUUGUUGGUCUGAUGAACCACUUGAUCAAUUUUCAAAUCUUAAAAUAUCGGAUGAAUCAUCUCAUUCAAUGACGAAUACUACAGCACACAAAUUAGAUAGAACAACUUGUUAUCGAAAUUUUGUUUAUUAUAUGGAUAAACGUUCGUAUCAAGUAAAAUAUGAUGGCUUAGCUCGAACAUUAAUUGAACGUGUUGCACCAGUCUUAUUUAAAACACGUCUUGCUUUAUUACAAACA